GCCAGGUCUUCCCAGCGUUUCUUGCGCCUAUAAUUCAGGGUUGCACUCCGACCGCUCGCAAGUCGACCAGAGUCAAUCUUCCAUUCAAUUCUCCCAUACAGGACCCACUUAUUGGAUUUUCCAACGUUGUGUGGCGAACCUCGAACAUCUAGCGGCAUUACUUUACAAUCCUGCCUGGGCAUUAGCAUUAUAUCCCGUGAAGAACGAGUCGCUGCGACAGCCUUUCGCUUCAUAAACUAUGGCAAAAGAUAAGAAGAAGUCCGGGGACAAGAAGGCCGCAAAAGCAGCCAAAGCGGCGAAGCAAGAGAAGAAAGCAGGAAAGAAGGACAAAAAGCAAGCCUCGAAGAACAAGGACAUCGAUUCUGACACCGAAUCUGUGGAUCUUGAUGCUGUACUGGCGCAGUAUGCGAAAGAGCAGGAGCAAUAUCACGCGAUUACAGAAGUUGCAUGCGAUCCGCCAUCAGCAAGGACCUCCGGCACAAUCAUCGCCAAUCCGGCGAACGAGAACGAACUCUUCAUAUUCGGAGGAGAGUACUUCAACGGCGCAACAGCGCACUUCUUCAACGAUCUGUUCGUAUACAACGUCAAGAAGGAUACGUGGAACAAGGUCACUUCGCCGAACUCACCGUUACCCCGCUCAGGACACGCGUGGUGUAGAGCUGCGAAUACGAAGGAUAUCUAUCUUUUCGGCGGCGAGUUCAGCUCCCCGAAGCAAGGGACGUUUUACCACUACAACGACUUCUGGCGACUCGAUCCGACUAGUCGCGAAUGGACCCGUGUGGAGCAGAAGGGCAAGGCUGCCGGACCGCCGGCGAGGAGUGGGCAUCGUAUGGUGGGAUUCAAGCAGUACAUUAUCCUCUUCGGUGGAUUCCAGGACACAUCUGCUACGACGAAAUACCUGAACGACCUUUGGAUAUACGACUGCGUUAACUUUGCGUGGCAUACGCCGAAGUUGCAGUCUGCACGCGCAGUGCCCGAUGCACGGUCAAGCUUCACGCUACUCCCACAUGACCAAGGCGCUGUGCUGUACGGCGGCUAUUCUCGCGUGAAGACCGCGGUUGGUGGGAAACAGCAACAGCAAGCGAAGGGCAAGAAGGGUGGAGGAGGUGGAGGCGGAGGCGCUUCCCGUAUGGUCCUCAAGCCCAAGGUGCAUGAAGACACAUGGUUCCUACGCAUCACGCCUCCGGCCGCUGACCAACCUUCGGGAAGUCUUCCGACUGUGUCUUGGGAGCGCCGGAAGCGACCGGCGAAUCCGCCGAACCCACCUCGUGCGGGCGCAACGAUGGCGUUUCACAAGGGUCGUGGUAUUAUGUUCGGCGGCGUGCAUGACGUGGAAGAGAGUGAAGAAGGCAUCGAUUCCGAGUUCUUCAAUCAGCUAUUCGUCUGGAAUAUCGAACGCAACCGCUAUAUGCCGCUGACUUUACGCCGGCCGAAAGCGAACGCCAAUAAGAGGGCCGCACAGCAAGCCAACAUCAGUCGCCGUCAACGCGGGAAAGCCGACGAAGAAGAGCUCCUGGCCAACUUAAAGGCCCUGGAGAUGAAGGCUGGGGGAAAUGUAUCUCCGGACUCCGAUGAAGGAGAGAAGAAUGAGAGCGAGAAGGAAGAAGAGGACGACGAGGCCAGACCAGAAAAGCCUCGUAUCUUCGAAUUCCCGCAUCCGCGCUUCAACGCCGCCCUCGCCGUCCAAGCCGACACGCUCUACAUCUACGGCGGCACAUUCGAAAAAGGCGACCGCGAAUUCACCUUCGACGAGCUCUGGUCCGUCAACCUAAACCACCUCGACGGCGUCACCGAGCUCUUCAAGCGCGACCUCGAAGACUGGCAAGGCAGCGAGGACGAAGCAGAUUCCGAAGACGACGACGCCUCCGAAGAAGAAGAAGACUCCGGCGACGAAGAACAAAGCUCGCUCGUCAGCCCCGUCUCCACAGCCCCAACCAGCAUCACCGCCUCCCCCAUCAUGACAUCCAAAGAAUCCCCCGACGAAGACCCCGGCACCACCGAAGAAAUCUCCGCCCUCACAGACACGCUGCCGCACCCGCGCCCCUUCGAGUCUCUGCGCGCCUUCUAUGCGCGCACGUCCGAGGCGUGGCAGAACAUUGUCGUCGACGAGCUUAGUCGGAGUGCGAGGGGCGUGGAGAAGACGCCGAAGGAGAUUAAGAAGGCGGCGUUUGAGAGGGCGGAGGAGAAGUGGUGGGAUUGCAGGGAGGAGAUUCGCGCGCUGGAGGAUGAGCAGGAGGCGGCGGGGAUUGGGGAGGUGGUUAGUCUUGUGGAUAAGGAGGGUGCGAGUGCGGGGGCGGGGAGGCGGAGAUAG